AUGGCUACAGGAAAUCACUCUACAGUGACAGAGUUUAUUCUCGGGGGAUUAACAAACAGACAAGCUCUCCAGCUGCCCCUCUUCCUCCUCUUCCUAGCUAUCUACUUGGUCACCGUGGUGGGCAACCUGGGCAUGAUCACCCUCAUUCGUCUCAACUCGCAGCUUCACACCCCCAUGUACUACUUCCUCAGCAAUCUGUCCCUUGUGGAUCUCUGCUACUCCUCUGUCAUUACGCCCAAGAUGCUGGUGAACUUUGUGUCACAGAAGAACAUCAUCUCCUAUGCUGGGUGCAUGUCUCAGCUCUACUUCUUCCUUGUUUUUGUCAUUGCUGAGUGUUACAUGCUCACAGUGAUGGCCUAUGACCGCUAUGUCGCCAUCUGCCGGCCCUUGCUUUACACCAUCAUCAUGUCUCGUCCUGUGUGUUCCAUGCUGGUGGCUGUAGUCUACAUCAUGGGGUUCAUUGGUUCAACCAUAGAGACUGGGCUCAUGAUAAGCCUGUCUUAUUGUGAAGUUCUCAUCAGUCACUACUUCUGUGAUAUCCUCCCUCUCAUGAAGCUUUCCUGCUCUAGUACCUAUGACGUUGAGAUGACAGUCUUCUUUCUGGCUGGAUUCAAUAUCGUAGUCACCAGCGUCACAGUCCUUGUUUCCUAUGCCUUCAUCCUGUCCAGCAUCCUCCACAUCAGCACCACACAGGGCAGGUCCAAAGCCUUCAACACCUGCAGCUCCCACCUGGCAGCUGUGGGGCUAUUCUACGGGUCAACUGCUUUCAUGUACUUAAAACCGUCCACAGCCAGCUCCCUGGCCCAGGAGAAUGUGGCCUCUGUGUUCUACACCACAGUGAUCCCCAUGCUGAACCCCCUGAUCUACAGCCUCAGGAAUAAGGAGGUGAAGGCUGCCCUGCAGAGAGCACUGAAGAGGAAACCGUACUGA